AUGGGAGAGAGGGUGGAUAUGUCUAACUCGAGCAUGAGCUCUAUUACUGGGAAAAAAUUGUAUGAAAAACAGCUUGUUGCAUCGCGUCCCAAAGGAUUUGCACAAAGAUUUUCUGAGCCCCUUGUUUCAUUGAGGCAUGGUGACUUUAGAACUACUGUGGGUCGUGCUGCAUUUUUUUUGGUUAAAGUUGCUGCUUUAGAGACUGUAAGGAGGUUCUCCAAGAGUAGAUGUCCGUGUGUGUGGCGAGGCCUGCAGGGUCUGCAAAUCCUUGUUUACAGACCAUUUCAAUGGUUUCAGAGGUGGUCUACCUUCAGGAGUUUGGUCAAAAGUAUGGAGGAACUAUCAACACCAUUAAUUGUCCUUUCCAUUGCAACAGCCUUUACUGAUCAACUAGAAUGUAGUGAUGGAACCUCAGAUAAUAUUACCGACUCUCGUGAUUCAGAAAUAUCUGCAGCAGAACCAUCUCCGGUGCAGGAUAGUUUGAACACUAGCCAACUUGAGAGAGCUCCUGAAGUUUUAGAAUAUGAAAAAUGGUUGACUCAACUUGAUCAAGAGCUGGAAAAUCAAGGAAUUAGUUUGCCAGAAAGAAUCAAUGAUGAUGAGCUCCACAGAUUUUACGCAGCUUCUAAUAAUGACUUUUCAUGCUUCCUUACCUCCAUCAAGAAGACAAUACAUUGGCGGAAGUAUUACAAAAUCCUUUCAGUAGAAGAGCUGGAAACGUGGUCGAAUAUGGUGUUCUGGCAUGGAUCUGAUUUGUUGCACAGACCUUGUCUCAUUGUAAGGCUUGGGAUGGCUUGCAGCUCAUUGGCAUCCCAAGACAGACCUCAAUUUGCUCGGGCAAUUGUGUCUCAGGUAGAAUAUGGAGUCUUGCACUUAGUUGAUAGAGACAACCCUCAAAUUACAGUAUUGGUGGACUGUGAAGGGUUAUCUCCAUUGAGAAUUCCUAUGCAAAUUCUGAGAUCUUGUGCUUACAUUCUGCAAGAUCAUUUUCCUAAUCGUCUUGGCUGUUUGUUUGUCAUACGACUUCCAGCAAUUGCCCGUGUUAUCGCUCAGACUUUUAUUCAGGUUAUAAAGCCAGUUACUAAGAAAAAGUUGAAAAUAGAAGGAGAGAUGUACAAGAAGGCUCUUUAUGACAAUCUACCAACCAUACCAUCCUAUCUUGGAGGCGACUGCACAUGCGCGAGUUGUUCUAAAAUGGGCAAGCUGGAAAUGGUGCAAUCUCAUGAAACUGGAACCAGCAGCAGCAGGGUUGUUAGGGAGGAUGAUGUCAGUGACAACGAGCAUUUUCCAUCACUGUGUCUGCAUCCAUCUAUUGAAUUAGAUGACCAUCAAAGCUAUGAGAAAUUGUUGAGAACUGCUGCAAUAAGUAUUCUCGUGUUUAUGAUUGUCAUAGCUCUCUGUAAAGAAAGCCUCUAG